UACUGGAAUCGAUAAGCCUAUAUACUCAGAUGGAUCCAGCAAAUCCGUGAUCGGUUUAAAGAAGACACUCGUUUAUUACGUCGGAAGCGCCGGGAAAGGAAGCAAGACAGAUUGGAUGAUGCACGAGUUUCGCCUCCCCACAGCCAAUGACACAAUCCCUGGUGGCUCCACCCACCUUAACCCUACUCCACCUGCCAUGUUACAUGCUGAAGUGUGGACGUUGUGCCGGAUAUUCCAGAGAAAUGUGUCUAGUAGAAAAUACACUCCAGACUGGAGAGAAUUAGCAGGUGGGAAACGCGUGAAGCCGCAACAAUCUAAGUACCAAGAAGCUUAUAUCAGUUUUGGUGACAAUGAAAGUACUAUUAGUACUAAUAACAUCAACAUUAUGGAAAACAAAGGAAAUUAUGAGAGGAACGUGUUUCAGCUUCACCAAACGCCUCAUCAGCACCAGCCCAUUCUCAUGGAUACAGCUAGUACUACACAAGUCGAUUAUACGGGUCCACAUUCCUCAAACCAUGACAUUCACAAUAUAACCUACGAGAACUGGGAUGAACUUCGAUCGGUUGUGGAAUUUGCUUUUGGCCCUUCUCUUAGUUAGAUGUCUUUAAACUGAUUAGUUAAUUACUAGUAUAAAUUUUAUAGUACUUGGACAUUUUGUGGGUUGUUGCAAGGGAGAUACAUCGUUCAUAAGUUUUUAGUUUUCUGUAUAUAUAUAUAUUAUGGAUCUUAUUGUGUAUAAGAACGUACCUGAUUAUAUACCCAUAUUGAUCCUCCAUGUAUUUAUAAUUCUCCAUUUCUCCUACAAAUAAUCUGACCUAUUUUGUUCUUGGUAA